CCCAGUGUGUGCGCGUGAGUGUGUUUGAAUGAGUGUGUGUGCCCGCAGCAGCUGACUGAGGUGACACUGCUUUUUUUAUUCGAGUGGACUAAAUGAAAAGACUCAAAAGCGGGAUAUUUUCUUGAACCAGCGAUGCCCUGUGUACAAACCCAGUACGGAUCCUUGCCUCAUGACAACUACUUCACCUCAGAGUUCUUAAAUCCUGACCUCAGUGCCAAACUGGUGAUGGACAUCAGUAGCCAAAAGGACCAGCUGUCGGCAUCUUCGUUGCCCAGCAUCAACACCUUGGUGGGAAAUGGUUACAUGGGGGAGUUCGAUGCUUAUUCCUGCAAGAUUACCACCUCUCCGGCCAUCUCUACAGCUUCAUUUAGUCGAGCAGCAGCUGCAGAAAACUCCAGCCCUCAGAUGCAGAACCAAGCCUUCAAGCUGGAUGAUCUCCAGGUGUAUGGCUGCUACCCAGGUUCCUUUGCACUCAGUUGCUUGGAUGAAACUCUGUCAUCAUGUGGCUCAGACUAUUAUGGCAGCCCAAUCUAUGCUGCUGGUUCCCCUCCAACACCAGGCUGUCAGACCCAGGCUGCACCUGUCUGGGAUUCCCCUUUCAGUCCGUACUCCACCACCCCCUCGUCCUCUGUUUCUGACAAGGCUGCCAUGACCCAGCAGCUCUCCUUUUUUACCUUCAGCCCCACAUUAGAGCAGCACUCUCCCCUGGGGCAGCAUCAGGAGUCUCAGCCGAGCCAGGAUGAUUCUUACUUCCUGUCCCCUCAGCAGCAUGUGCUGUCACUUCAUUGCCCCCCCAUGUCUCGCGAGCAUGGAUCUCUGGAAAGCCCCAGAGUCAUGGAGGGAGCUCUCACAUCUCCUAAAGCUCAAAACCCAGCAAACAGUGAGGGUCGCUGUGCAGUCUGUGGUGACAAUGCAUCCUGCCAACACUAUGGGGUUCGCACCUGUGAGGGGUGCAAAGGUUUCUUCAAGCGAACAGUUCAGAAAAAUGCAAAGUAUGUGUGCCUUGCCAAUAAAGACUGUCCAGUGGAUAAGAGGAGGAGAAACCGCUGCCAGUUCUGCCGUUUCCAGAAAUGUCUUGCAGUGGGAAUGGUCAAAGAAGUUGUUCGUACAGAUGGCCUCAAAGGGCGUCGGGGACGUCUGCCCUCCAAGCCCAAGACUGUGGUCGAAGCUUCAUCCACUACCCCCAGCGUCAACAUCAUUUCCUCUCUUGUCCGGGCACAUUUAGACUCAAACCCAAAUAUUGGAAAGCUUGAUUACUCCAAGUACCAGGAGACAGUGGACAACCUGCCUGAGAAAGAAGAUGCUGGUGACAUCCAGCUGUUCUACGACCUGCUAACCGGUACUUUGGAUGUGAUACGGAACUGGGCUGAAACUAUCCCAGGAUUCACAGAUUUCUGCACCGAGGACCAGGAGCUUCUUCUUGAAUCUGCCUUUGUUGAGCUGUUCAUCCUCAGACUGGCAUACAGGUCAAAUCCAGAGAAGAACAAGCUGAUCUUCUGCAGUGGAGUGGUGCUCCACCGAAAGCAGUGUGUUCGUAGUUUUGGUGACUGGAUUGACUCCAUCAUGGAUUUCUCCCAGAACCUCCAUCGUAUGAACUUGGAUGUGUCCAUGUUUGCCUGCCUCUCAGCUCUUGUUAUCAUCACAGAUCGCCACGGCCUUAAAGAGCCAAAACGGGUUGAGGAGUUCCAGAAUCAUCUUAUCACUUGUUUGAGGGAGCAUGUGAGUGGAAACGGGUCAGAACUGAGCAGGACCCACCCCAACUAUCUCUCUCGUCUUCUUGGGAAACUUCCUGAGCUGCGGACUCUCUGCACACAGGGCCUACAGCGUAUCUUCUACCUGAAACUAGAAGACCUGGUCCCGCCUCCACCAAUCGUGGACAAAAUCUUUAUGGAUACUCUGCCAUUCUGAAAAAAAUAUAGAGACAGAAAAGAGGUGGAAAUCACCUGACAUUUUGUUAUUGAACUCUGGUGCUGACGUCUGCGUCAGCUUUUUCUGACAAAUGUCUGACCAGCUGAGAUUAUUUUUCUAAUAUGGUACAUGUAUUAGUACCACAUACAGUAUGAGGUCAGUUCAGACAGAGCUGAGAUUGAGUUGAUAUAACAGUAAGGACACAGUUUAUAUACAUAUCUAUAUAAAUAUAUACAUAUUUUGUGUGCAUUUGUAAAAUGACUGUAUUGCUGUGGUAGAUGUAUGAAUGUUGGGUAAUGGAUAAAUGCACUGCAGUGUUACAUAUUCAGUUUUUUCUAAAAGCUAAAGAAACACACUAAUCCCUUAAAAAACAUGCUCUGAAGGUGCUUUUUGAUCCCACUAAGAAGGCAGUAGAUAAUUUAGCAUACAAAGACAAUCACUGUUUCUUAAAUGGAGAAGUGCUUAUACUCAAAACAGAAAUAUGUACUUAUUUCUUUGGAACACAAAAUUUAGUUUCACUCCUGAAUCUAGUUCCUGUGGAAGGUCUUGGACCAAAGUUUAUUAACCUUAUUGCCUUAAGCUAAUCAACAUGUUUUGCCAUAGCUCUUUUGCUGCCAUUGUAACACCUUUUAAAGGCUGAUGCUGGCAGACUUCCUGUUCAACCACAUUUCCCAGAUACUUUUUCCUCAAAGUGGAAUUAAUGAAUGAAAGUGCCUUUCAAAAAGCCUCAUUCCCUGAACCUCACUAAAUGGCACAAAGUGAAUUUUUAUUUCAGGUACCGCAGGGAGUGAGCCCAUUUAUCAUAAUCGGUGGAUGUCCACUGAAGUUAUUCUUAAUAAUUUUGAUGAGAGGUCUGUGCCAGGUUUGUUACGAAAUGUGUGAGGUAUGGAGGUGUCAGCACUGUUUGAUAAAGAGCAUACAAUACUUGAAGUGACAUUUCACACUGCUAAACUGGAGUUGGAGCUGGCCAUAUGUGAUGACAGGUGGUUUAAGAGGUACAAGGAGGAAGUCCUGUUCACAUAUUUCAGAGGCACAGAAAUGUAUAAUUAAAUUUGUCUCAGUUGAUAUUAGCUUUAAGUCAGAACACGUUUCAAACUCUCAUAUUAGGAAGUAAAUCCAAUAUAUGCUUUUGAGAAUUUUACACAAGUAACCCCAAGCUAUUUUGAGGACUGAAAAGCAUAAGCAGACAUUUGACAUUUUGUCUUCGGUCAUUACAUACAAACAUGGCACCUUACAUGUGUUGAACCUUCAUCUGUGUUUGCAAAUGUCUCUGCUACUGUCUUCCAUUCUCUAAUACAUUGUGCAGUUUUUUUUAUCUGUUUUUUUUUUUUUUUUUACUCAUUUCAGAAUGAACUAUAGAAAUCUUAAGACUUCACGCUGAAUUGUGAUAUUACAAUGAGCAGCUAAGAGCACGUCAGUGUUCAAACUAUAUGAGCACCUAUUUCUCCUUCUGUACAUGUUCUUUUUCAAGCAUUUGUUUGAACUAAGAGUAUGGCUUUUGUAAUGAUCAUGAUGCAAAAGUAUGCAGAAAGAGAAAAUGUUUGAUAAUACAUCUUUUUUUUUUUUUGAAAAUACACCUCUAUUUGUCUUCUUGGAUAUAUUAGAUCAGUUGUGGCCUUGGUCAGUUCAGACUUCAUAUUCAUCAGGUAUUAAUUAUUCUAUAUUUGAGUAACAUUUCCUGUUUUUAUUCUUUAUUUGCAAUUAUAACUGAUGGAAAUUAGAAAUGAUAUGAGUCAAAAUAGAACUCUGUCUUCUGGGUCUAAUCUCAUAGGAUGUAUGUUUUAUAUUCUAUAGCAUUUUGUAUGUAGUGGCUCAUACACACAUAAAAAAAUUAUAACAAUCCCAUAUCUCUGCAAACUAAUCCCAUGAAAAGACCAAACCUACCAAUGUCUUAGUCCAUCCCAUUAGCCAAAGCGAAAAAAUAGUCAUGAAUGGAAAAAGGUUUAAACAGCUGGACAUUACUCAAACAGUAGUAAGUAGUGCAUUUGUGUGGAUCUAUUUUCAGCUGCAGAUUUGAUGCUGUAGUCAGAACUGCAGUGCUGCAUGACUCCAGAACAGCAGUGUGUGAACUCUGGAGGGAUGAAAAACAGAUUCCCUCAGUUGGUGUUUUGAUGGUGGUAGCGGAGGCUGCUUUAUGUAACGUUUGAGUCCCAAAUCUCCCACAGGUUAAGAUCUGUGCACACUAUCUUAUUAAUUUAUUACGUGUCUGUUCACUGUUAAUAGUUUUUAGAACAAAAUAAAUGCCUGUAAUACAAAAUAAUAAUAAAUAAAGCUUUAGCCCUAACAAUACAGGUAAAUAUAGAAAGCUCCAAAUACAUGUAGAGCCAAAUUAAUGUAAAAUCCAUGUAAAAUGUAACAAAAUGAAUUUACAACGAGGUGAGCAGAUCUAAAAAUCCCUAGUGAGGCUUUCUAUUGGUCUAUCUUUUUCAAAUUUUUCUACCCAGAUAUUGUAUAUAUUGUAAUAAUGGUCUGAAAGUAUUUAAAAAUGUCAGAUUUUCUUGUAAGUCCCCCUCAAAUCAAGGGUGCAAUAAUCCAAAGUAUGUGAAGAUGAAUGCACAUUUUAUAAUCAAAUGACAUCAGAUUUUUUUGGGAGAAGAAUCUGCAACUACAGCACCUAAGCCCAACACUUUUUUCAGGUAUAGGGUCAUCAUUAAUUGAUGGUUUUGGUCUUUCUGCGUAGUAUAUUGAUAAGUAACAAUGUAAAACAUCACCAGAUUUGCUCUUAAGGGAAAGACCAGAAAAUCAAAGAAUGAACACACUUCAGGAAAUAAAGCUUAACCUUGUUUAAAACAGCAUUCACUCUGCUGCAGCAGCUUGUUACACAUUAAUGAUGUGAUGAAAAGUGACCAAAAGUAGGCCUUCAUCUCUUCUUCACUCAGUCUGUGUUGUUUUGUCACACAUGGCGUUAAUGUUGGCAACAGCCCUGACCAAAGGGAAGAUGACACCGUGCCAGUCUCAGCCACAGCAAGGACUACAUUCAGCCGCUCGACACCCGAUCCUACUGUACACCACGUUCCGGUCAUCUGGAUUUUGGUGCUGGCAGACAGAGUGGAAAAAAGGGACAAGGAGAGAAAAGAGGAGGAGGCAAUAUGAAAAGCUAGCUUGCAUUGAGAUGUUAAUUAUAUUACAAAAUGGCAAGCUUGCAAGCUGAGUCAAAUGGGAACAGCAGAUGAGAACAAUUGCAUGAGGAGGAUUUGAAUGACUGCAGCAAUUUCUUUGGUUGUAAUAAAAGCAUUUUUCAUCUCCUGC